AUGGACCUUUGUAGACGGGAAGGCACCGGCGCUCGGCCUGGCGGCCCGGCCAGGCAGGUCCCAAAACUCGAGGGCGCCCUCCAUCGGCUGGCCACGCCCGAGCGCUUUGCCUUUCCCUUCGCCGAGCCGUACCCCGGCCAGAUGGCCCUCAUGCGCGCGAUCUAUGCCACGGCUGAGGCCGGGGAUGUCGGGCUGUUUGAGAGCCCAACCGGCACCGGCAAGUCUCUGAGUUUGAUUUGCGGCGCCGCAACGUGGCUUUUCGACCGGUUGGAGAUGGCCGACCAAUUGGCCGAGCAAGAUCCCUCCAAUGAGCGAUCGGACUUGCGGGCACUGGCUGGCGGCUCGCCCGGGCCGGUCGGCGACACGCCCUCCUGGCUGAGCGGCCAACUGCGCCGGCGGCAGGCCGAGCGCAUGCGCGAGCAGUGUGCCCAGCGCCGGCGCACGCGACACCAAGUCGCCCGCCGCGUGGCCGACAGCUGUCGGGCCCUGUCCCGCGAGGGCUCGCGAACAUGUCCACCCGCUGACCGGCGUCCGGUCGAUCCUGCCUCCGCCACCGAGGCUGAUCCCUUUCUCAUCGAGGACCCCACUGAGGGCGAGCCUCCCGGCUCAACGGCCCCGGCCAGCCUUCGCGCGGAGCGGCUACUCUUUCCAUCUGGCGGGCCUGGGGGCCUCUUCUCCGACUCGGAGACCGAGUCCGAUGGGGAGGACGAUGGGGGCGACUCGCGAUCGGGCCUCGGCCACGCGGGCGACCCGCAAAUCAUCUAUGCCUCGAGGACACACUCGCAAAUCAGCCAAUUUGUGGGCGAGAUCGCACGGACAUCCUUCGCUUCGGCCCUGCGCGUGGUCACCCUGGCCUCGCGCAAGAGCCUUUGCAUCAACCCGGAGGUGAAUGUCCCCGGCCGGGCAGCGGCCCAAGUGAAUGACCACUGUGCGGACCUGCUUGGCGGCAAGGGGAAGUGCUCCUUCCAUGGGGACGCCACGCGCACGCAGCAGGUCGGCGAUCUGCUCCAAGCGUCACGGUCGUGUGCCGGCACGGCCCGCAGCCUGGGCCAGCGUCUUGGCGCCUGUCCGUAUUUCGGUGCUCGAGCGGCGGCGGCCUCUGCCCACAUCGUGUGUGUCCCAUACUCGGUCCUGCUGUCGGCUCCAACUCGCCGAGCAGCCGGGCUCCGGCUCCGUGGCCGUCUGGUGCUCAUCGAUGAGGCGCACAAUGUGUGCGACGCCGUGGCCGCGGCGCACUCGGUCACCCUGAGCCUGGGCACCCUCGGCACCUGUCUUGGCCAAGUGUCCCAAUACCUGGCCCGGUAUAUGACACGGCUGGGCCCGGUGUCGGUGGUGCGCGUGCGCGAGCUUCACCACGUCGCACGCAUCCUCAUCCGCCACCUGCAGGGAAGCGCCUCCGGCCCGGCUUCCCCGGGGGCCGCCGCACAAAGCGAGGCCAUUCUCACCAGCCACGACCUCCUGCGCGUCACCGGUCUCGACGCCUUGAACAUCCCUCGGCUGCUGGAUUUCCUUCGCCAGUCGCGCCUUCCACAGAAGCUCCAAGGCUUCGUCGAAGCAACUGAUGGCCCGGAGGUGGCCAUUACCGAUCGCGGCCCCCCGAAGCAGCGCUCAGCCGCCGCCACAUUUCAGGUGGUUUCUUUUUUGGAGUGUCUACUGCACGCUGACGCUUCUGGCCGGAUUGUCCUGUCUCGAGCACCAGCCGACGACAGCCGGACAUCCUAUCGGUAUAUCCUGCUUGAUGUUGAGGCGAAAUUCAUGGAAUUGGUGGCUGAGGCGCGCUCGGUCAUCCUGGUCGGCGGCACUCUUCGACCUACCGACCUACUCCGGCAGCAGCUCCUCCGGUCACACCCGGCAGAUCGCAUCCGCGAGCUGGCAUGUCCGCACGUUGUGGGACCGGAGGCGCUGCUGGCUCGAUCACUUGGCUCGAUUGCCCCCGGCUCACCCCUGCGUCUGGUGGCCGAUAGUUGGGCGGCCGACCGGGCGCCCACCACCCUGGCCGAUGUUGGCCAGGUGGUUGCUGCCGUGGCCCGCGCCGCGCCAGAUGGCUUGGUUGUCUUUUUCCCCUCCUUCGCCGCGCUCUUCGCCACGACUGAUGCCUGGCGGGCCUCGGCGGGCAUUUUCCAUCAGCUCCAUGCCAUCAAGGAGAUCUUCAUCGAGCCACGCGACUCGGCCCAGCUGGAUGGCACCUUGAAGGCAUAUGCGGCCUCGGUCGCUCGGCACGGCUCAGGUGCAGCCACCCCUGUCGGGACACGCAACGGCGCCAUGCUGCUCUGCGUGAUGGGCGGCAAAUUGAGCGAGGGCAUCAACUUCGCCGACCACUUAGGCCGAGCGGUCAUUGUCCUGGGGCUACCCUACCCGAAUAAGCACUCGGUUGAGCUGCGCGAGAAGAUGGCUUUCCUCGACUCCUUGAAGCGAGGCCGGUUGUCGGAGCUUUUCUACGAGGAUCUGUGCAUGAGGUCGGUGGCCCAGUCGAUUGGUCGGGUUCUGCGCCACCAAAACGACUAUGCGGCCAUUGUCCUGGUCGAUGUGCGGUACAACUCCCCACGCGUACUGUCCCGGAUCCCACAGUGGGUGGUGGAGCUGGGCCAAUUGCGGCACCUUGGUGGCGGGGCGUCGUCAGCCGAGACCCCCUCUGGGCCGGAGCCCCUCCGCGCUUUGACUGCAGCUAUCACCGAGUUUUUCGACCGGAGAGAGCACACCGCGAAGCGAGACUUGGGUAGGCCCAACGACCAGGGCCAGCCCAAGCGACUUCGGCACGACUAG